GAUUUCACCAAAUUUUUGAUCACUUUUCUAUCCAGUCUACAAUUCUUUUUUCAGGCAAGCCUCCCACUUUAUUAACAUACAAUCCUCAAUAGAAAAUGGGAAACGAAGUAUCAGCACAAAGGGUUACCUUUGGUUCACAUCCACAAUCUGAGCAGGUUGAUCAAGAAACCUCCUUAAACACAGAAGCCCCAUUCACAAAAAAACGCAAACUUGAGGACUUUGAAGAGAGUCUCUCAAGUCAAAUUCCCAACAAACGCAGGAAACUGAACCAAAAUGAGGAUGGUAGUCAUAUUAUUCACACUCCUAAAUCUUUGAUAAUCAUCCUGAAAUGUGAUUCUCUAUCAUCGCUUCAAAGCGUGUCUCAAAACAGAGGAACGUCAAAAACAGGGAAAGAUGGCACUUCUAGUAGAGAGGCAGAGAUGUCCCUGGCAGUUCUGGAUAGGUUGGAUCAACAAGGACUGGAUUAUAUGAAUGGAAACAAACAGAAGGAAAGACGCUUGAGAAAGCAAUGGAAAAAGGCAACGGGCAGCAAAACUGGACGUGAUCCAAUUGGAACCCCAUCUUCAGUCCGUCUAAAGGCUACCAUUCCAACUGUUUCUUCAACUUCUUCAGAGCUCACAACUACCAGCACAAGUGAGAUCAAGGACCCUCAAAGAAUUAAAAUGAAGUUCAGAAUGAAAUAUACCCCAAGUGCAACUGCAUCAACAAGCUCUGCUACAGAGGAAAAGAUUAACUGAUUGUGAAGCUCAAGUUGCCCAAAUAAACUGAUUUCAUAUACAGUGACUUGUACGUUACGAUGGAUUCAGAUGCCAGAUGCCAGAUGUCGGAUUUGAUGAGUGAUAAUUGUGGACAAGAGAGAUGUAACAGCAAAGCACAUUGAUGGAGCAGGAAUCAAUAGGAUAUGUUGUUGUUUUACCUUUUAUAUGCUAAUAAAUAAUCUCAAUAAAUGUAAAUUUAGACCUCA